CCUAAUGUCUUCCUAUGCAGAAUAAAUACUGUGAUGCUUCCCUCCUGAUACUGACUGUCCCGUCAAGCUUGAUAAACGAUAACAUUGAAAGGCUGUCGGAAAACAAACGAGAUGAAUUCCUCAAGAAGAAGCGAAAGUGAUUGGCAGGGUUUGGUCAGCGAGGUGAGUUGAUUCAAUGCAACAUUGUAUCAUCCUGCACUGUGCAAAUAAUGCCACUGCCUCUUCCAUGUCAAACUAAAAUCCUAACCCCAAUGCAUCUUCUCACAGCUGUCAGUAUCUUUAUCACGUUGUUUGAAAUAAAUGUGCCUACAGUAUUUCGUUUUUGAAACACUUCCUAUAGCCUAAAUGUUAAUGUUUGUCGGGUAGCCUAUUUAAUCUACAACGCCGUUGCAUAUUUCAAAUUCAACAUGCUAGCCUACAACAAACUAGAAAUGAUGUGUACAGGGUAUUUAUUUCCUAGACAGAAUACCUCCGCGUCGUUUCUUUUGAUAAAUAUGACAGCUUGAACAUGGAAUGAGAUACAAAAUUCUGACGCAUGUUCAUUUUAAAUGGACAUAGAUUAACGGUGGUUUAAUGCGAUUAUAAAGUCGUCCUCGUUGGUUAGGAGGGAGGGAAGAGAGUCUAGUACUGCACUUCUAAACAUCUCCUCAAUGUUUUCAAUAAAGUCCAUUACAUGUUUUCCUGCUAGGGACAUGGUCUUCCUUGUGGGCCUAGGCUAUGCUAUCCCAGAUACCAUUGUGAGCAUUAGGAAGUACAUUUGAGAAAAUCCAGACAAAUGUAUUCACACGGUGUUGUACCGUUAGCCUACAGUACAUUCUAAGCUUAUUUACAGAAGCAUUUGGUAACAAUUAGGGUAAGGCUAGUCAUAGGUUAGUCAGUCAAAAAGCACACAGGCACAGAACAGGAAUGUGACAGCUAUAUAAAGCAUUAUAUAACCUAUUCCAAUCUUUAUUUUGGUCAUGUAUUCAUUAGGUGUGUAAUGCAACGCUAUGUAGAUGUAAUGUCUGAUGUAUAGGUAACUGCCAAAAAUAAAGGAAGCACUUGAGUAAAUGAAGGAUACAAGUAUAUUUAAAGCAGGGGGAAAAAAUAGGAUAUUGAAAGCUGGUGCUUCGACAGGUGUGGUUCCUGAGUUAAUUAAGCAAUUAACAUCCCAUCAUGCUUAGGGUCAUGUAGAAAAGUGCCCAUUAUUUUGGCUACCGGGGUUUAGCGCUGUCCCCGACCCAAAAAAAUAUUGGUCGAUCUGUUAUUUUGACCAAUUAAUUGGUAGACAUUUUUAAACGUGUAUUUUUCCAUGUAUAGACACUCCCUAUGUUUGAAUAAAAUCAACUAUAUGUAGGCUACUGAGUUUGUCUGAUGCUUUAAGCUCUGCGAUUAAAGAUGAAGACACACAAAUUACUAAAGAGGGAGCCAGAGAUCAAUAUAGCCUAACAAGAAUAAAACCUGUUCCCGAAAUGGACACAUUUAUAGGCCUACAUUUGCGUGCAGGCCAGGUAGCCUAGGCCUACUUCUAUGCAUAAUCAGGUGCAUGUCCUUACUCAAGAUUGACAGGAGCGCUCCAAACAAAAGACAAUGAAUAUAUUGACAACUUGUAAAUGGAAUGAAAUAAACCUAAACUUUUUUGUAGCCUAGGUUACAGUAUUAUUACAACGGUAAUAAUACUGUAAUAAUAAUAAUAUAUUGAAUGCAUUAACAGAAAUUACCGUAACCAAACAAACAUUGUAGAUUAGAAAUUAUGUGAAUUAACGGUAAAUGUACUAGUGGUGAUACUGGUGUGCCAUCCCGCAAUGGAUUAGUCCACUGAGACAGGCAUGAAUCAGACAGGUGUCUCGUGUGUCAUGCAUUUCUUUUUUAUAUAUUUGCCACUGCUCAACUAAAAAAAUAUUGGUCGACCAACAGCCUAUCGACCAGUCGACUAAAUGGGGUCAGCCCUACUAGAAUAAAAUAUCUCAGUGACUUUGAAAGAGGGGUCUCAAAGGAGCAUAGGGGUUUAAAGUGUGUGUGUGCAUGUGUCUCAGGCACCAGAUCUCAACCAAAUUGAACACUUAUGGGAGAUUCUGGACCAGCGCCUGAGAUAGCAUUUACCAUCAACAAAACACCAAAUUAUGGAAUUUAUCGUGGAAGAAUUGUCACAUCCCUCCAAUAGAGUUCCAGACACUUGUAGAAUCUAUGCUAAGGCGCAUUGAAGCUGUUCUGGUGACUCGUGGUGGCCCAACGCCCUGUUAAGACACUUUAUGUUGGUGUUUCCAUUAUUUUGGCAGUUACCUGUAUGUCCUGCUUAUAGAUGUUUAAUAUGUCCCACACAGUGAUCUCAUCAUGCAGGCAAGUUGCCUUUUUUACAGUAUGUCUGAUCUGCUUGCACAAGAUGACAAUGUGUGUUCAUGUCAUGUGUACAGUUCCUGGUGUGUAAGCGCAAGUUGGAGAGCAAGAAGGAGGCCCUCCUGAUUCUGUCCAAGGAGCUGGAUACCUGUCAACAGGAGAGAGACCAGUACCAGCUGAUGGCCAACCAGCUCCGAGAACGCCACCAGGGACUCAAGAAGAAGUACAGGGAACUCAUAGUGAGUCUACACCCUCGGAGUAGGGUGAUUUUGUGUCAGUUUUGCAUUUUCAGUAUUAGGGGAGGGGAAGCUGAUCCUAGAUCUGUACCUAGGGGGAAACUUCAACGUGGAGCCACUACUUCACACUACUACUCCACAACUGCUCCUCACACUGCUACAAUACCUUACUACUGUCAAUCACACACACUGUAUUACUACACAAGAGGGACAUUAAAGGCCUCAUUCAAUCAAAAGUUGACGCAAAGUGACACGCAAAGUGACACUUCCUGUACCACAAGAAAUAUGACGAUCAAAUCAAGUUUGAUUUGUCACAUGCUUCGUAAACAACAGGUGUAGACUGUGAAAUGCUUACUUACGGGCCCUUCCCAACAAUGCAGAGAGGAAAAAGAGAAAUCAUAGAAAAAUAAUAACACAAGGAAUAAAUACACAAUGAGUGUUUUGAUAACUUGGCUAUAUACACAGGGUAACAGUACCGAGUCGAUGUGCAGGGGUACGAGGUAAUUGAGGUAGAUAUGUACAUAUAGGUAGGGAUAAAGUGACUAGUCAACAGGAUAGAUAAUAAACAUUAACAGCAUUGUAUGUGAUGAGGCAAGAGUUAGUGCAAAAAGGGUUAAUGCUGAUAGUCCGGGUAGCUAAUGGUUAACUAUUUAACUAGCUAUUUAGCAGUCUUAUGACUUGGGGUAGAAGCUGUUCAGGGUUCUGUUGGUUCAUACUCGGUGCAUCAGUAUUGCUUGCCGUGCGGUAGUAGAGAGAACAGUCUAUGACUUGGGUGGCUGGAGUCUUUGACAGUUUUUAGGGCCUUCCUCUGACACCGCCUGGUAUAAAGGUCCUGGACGGCAGGGAGCUUGGCCCAAGUGAUGUACUGGGACAUACGCACUACCCUCUGUAGCACCUUUGCGGUCGGAUGCCAAGCAGUUGCCAUACCAAGCGGUGAUGCAGCCAGUCAAGAUGCUCUCAAUGGUGCAGCUGUAGAACUACAGCCCUGUCGAUGUGGAUGGGUCGUGCUCGGCCCUCCGUUUCCAGUAGUCCACAAUCAGCUUCUUUGUCUUGCUGACUUUGAGGGAGAGGUUGUUGUCCUGGCACAACCCUGCCAGAUUUCUGACCUCCUCCCUGUAGGCUGUCUCAUCGUCGUCGGUGAUCAGGCCUACCACCGUUGUGUCGUUGGCAAACUGGAGAUGGAGAAAUCUGAUGUUUUACAUUAAACUAUUUAAGAUGACAAAUUAUAUUUGGCAGCAGCUACGUGCAGAGGCCUCUCUGGGCUAAAAGUAUGGAAGAACUAGUAGACACUGAUAUUUUUCUUUUAUGAGUGGAUAUUAUAAUAAGUUAGGGAAAUGUCAAGUUAUUUAUUACACUGCAGUUUCAAUUGACUGAAGAAUGAGUUGAUUUGAGCUGCCUAUUCACACUUAAAAUAUCUGUCUGAUGUUAUAAUGUUUUGUGCACAAGGUCCCAACAUUUAUACUCCUAACUUCUGACCAUAAAGAUACAGUGCAUUUGGAAAGUAUUCAGACCCCUUGACUUUUUCCACAUUUUGUUACGUUAGAGCCUUAUUCUAAAAUUGAUUAAAUUGUUUUUUUCUCCUCAUCAAUCUACACAAAAUACCCCAUAAUGACAAAGCAAAAACUGUUUUUUUUAUUACAAAUAAAAAACUGAAAUGACAUUUACAUAAGUAUUCAGAACCUUUACUCAGUACUUUGUUGAAGCACCCUUGGCAGCGAUUACAGCCUCGAGUCUUCUUGGGUAUGACGCUACAAGCUUGGCACGCCUGUAUUUGGGGAGUUUCUCCCAUUCUUCUCUGCAGUUCCUCUCAAGCUCUGUCAGGUUGGAUGGGGAGCGUCGCUGCACAGCUAUUUUCAGGUCUCUCCAGAGAUGUUCGAUCGGGUUCAAUUCCGGGCUCUGGCUGGGCCGCUCAAGGACAUUCAGAGACUUGUCCCGAAGCCACUCCUGCGUUGUCUUGGCUGUGUGCUUAGGGUCGUUGUCCUGUUGGACUGUGAACCUUCGCCCCAGUCUGAGGUCCUGAGCGCUCUGGAGCAGGUUUUCACCAAGGAUCUCUCUGUACUUUGCUCCGUUCAUCUUUCCCUUGAUCCUGACUGGUCUCCCAGUCCCUACCGCUGAAAAUCAUAAUGAUGCUGCCAACACCAUGCUUCACCAUAGGGAUGGUAUUUGCCAGGUGAUGAGCGGUGCCUGGUUUCCUCCAGACGUGACACCUGGCAUUCAGGCCAAAGAGUUCAAUCUUGGUUUCAUCAGGCCAGAGAAUGUUGUUUCUCAUGGUCUGAGAGUCCUUUAGGUGCCUUUGGGCAAACUCCAAGCGGGCUGUCAUGUGCCUUUUACUGAGGAGUGGCUUCCGUCUGGCCACACUACCAUAAAGGCCUGAUUGGUGGAGUGCUGCAGAGAUGGUUGUCCUUCUGGAAGGUUCUCCCAUCUCCACAGAGGAACUCUGGACCAUCGGGUUCUUGGUCACCUCCCUGACUAAGGCCCUUCCCCCCCCAAUUGCUCAGUUUGGCCGGGCGGCCAGCUCUAGGAAGAGUCUUGGUGGUUCCAAACUACUUCCAUUUAAGAAUGAUUGAGGCCACUGUGUUCUUGGGGACCUUCAAUGCUACAGAUAUUUUUUGUACCCUUCCCCAGAUCUGUGCCUUGACACAAUCCUGUCUCAGAGCUCUACGGACAAUUCCUUUCAACCUCAUGGCUUGGUUUUUGCUCUGUAUGUGGGACCUUAUAUAGACAGGUGUGUGCCUUUCCAAAUCAUGUCCAAUCAAUUGAAUUUACCGCAGGUGGACUCCAAUCAAGUUGUAGAAACAUCUCAAGGAUGAUCAAUGGAAACAGGAUGCAUCUGAGCAAAAUUUUGAGUCUUAUAGCAAAGGGUCUGAAUACUUAUGUACAAAAGGUAUUUCAGUUAUUUUUUUAAUACAUUUUCAAAAAUUUCUAAAAUACAGUUUUCGCUUUGCCAUUAUGGGGUAUUGUGUGUAGAUUGAGGGAAAACAAUGAUUUAAUCUGAAUACUUUCCGAAUGCACUGUAUAGUACUUUACAUUUCAUAAUUUAUUAACCAAAGUCAUACCAAUCAUACAAUUUUACCUUGACUUCAGCUAAGUGAUCAGUCCUCACUAUCUAUUUUUUCUACAUUCUAGGAUGGAGACUCCAGUCUACCACCUGAAAAACGAAAUCAAGUAAGUCAAUAUCAAUUUUCUUAAUUAUUGUAGUAGCGUGGCAGUCUAAAUGGGUAGACUGAAAAGUAAAUUAUUAAACAUGUCAAAUUGGAUGACCGAAGUAACGGUUUGUGUUAUGACUGGACUGUACUGACAUAAGACCCCUGGCCAGCAACUUCCCAAUGUCAAGGAUGUAAUAGCAUGGUAGACUACACAGCAAAUUUGCGGGUGUUUAAAUCUCUGUGAUGAGGUAAAAAGUGUUGUCAUUGUUAUAUCUGAAUGUUGAUUCUAGUGGGGUUAACAACAGUGGGAUUGAAAUUGACGCCACCUGCGGUGAAUAAAUGAAGUGUUAUUUGAAUCACAGUGGAAUCAACACCAGGUGGUGUUGUUACUCGACUGUGUUGAGUUAAUUUCUGUUAACUCUGAGUGAAAAAGACAUGGGAUGGGCCACAUCAUAUUUCCCAGCAUGCUUUGUUGCAGGUUGCUUUUUAGAAUAGUUUGUUUUAAUAUCUAUGUUACUGAAUUAAUUAAUUGAUCUUCUACUACACAAAGAUAAAUAAUGGUUGGACUUAUUUCACCCGUUAUUGAGAUGGUUGUUCCAGUUUACAUGGUUUAGGUAGUCUCAUUUAUCAAUCUCCCUACCUUGGCAGGCAUUCUAUCUGCAGAUGCGGGUGAUUAAAAGUUCCAACUGUUGUAUAUCUUAACUGGAUUCCAAUAGGAAUCAUAUAACACUUUGCAAGCCAGCAGAAUAUUACUUGCCGAUGUGGCCUGCAAACCAGGAGUUUCAGACCACUGUGUUAGGGUAAAACUAGGCUGUCGAAGUAUGGUAUUGUCCAAAAAAGUAAUGUAUUCUCAUAAAUAAUUGGAUUUUUAUUAUAAAAUAUGAAUUUAGGCACUAACUUGGUGAAGGCUACAGGACUGAAAACCAUCGAAUGCAACAGUCAUGUCUCUGUCACUAGCAAACACCGUCAUGGGUGCUACAGGUACCUCUACAAUUCACUCGAAAGGCACCCUGAGAAAUAAAUAUGCAAAUAAGGCUUUACACAGUGUUAAAACACCCCAAAAAAUAGUUACUUUAAGACCACAGGUGUUAAUUCCCUAAGACUGAGAAAAUGUACAGUGAGGGAAAAAAGUAUUUGAUCCCCUGCUGAUUUUGUACGUUUGCCCACUGACAAAGACAUGAUCAGUCUAUAAUUUUAAUGGUAGGUUUAUUUGAACAGUGAGAGACAGAAUAACAACAAAAAAAUCCAGAAAAAACGCAUGUCAAAAAUGUUAUAAAUUGAUUUGCAUUUUAAUGAGGGAAAUAAGUAUUUGACCCCUCUGCAAAACAUGACUUAGUACUUGGUGGCAAAACCCUUGUUGGCAAUCACAGAGGUCAGAUGUUUCUUGUAGUUGGCCACCAGGUUUGCACACAUCUCAGGAGGGAUUUUGUUCCACUCCUCUUUGCAGAUCUUCUCCAAGUCAUUAAGAUUUCGAGGCUGACGUUUGGCAACUCGAACAUUCAGCUCCCUCCACAGAUUUUCUAUGGGAUUAAGGUCUGGAGACUGGCUAGGCCACUCCAGGACCUUAAUGUGCUUCUUCUUGAGCCACUCCUUUGUUACCUUGGCCGUGUGUUUUGGGUCAUUGUCAUGCUGGAAUACCCAUCCAUGAACCAUUUUCAAUGCCCUGGCUGAGGGAAGGUGGUUCUCACCCAAGAUUUGACAGUACAUGUCCCUUUGAUGCGGUGAAGUUGUCCUGUCCCCUUAGCAGAAAAACACCCCCAAAGCAUAAUGUUUCCACCUCCAUGUUUGACGGUGGGGAUGGUGUUCUUGGGGUCAUAGGCAGCAUUCCUCCUCCUCCAAACACGGCGAGUUGAGUUGAUGCCAAAGAGCUCGAUUUUGGUCUCAUCUGACCACAACACUUUCACCCAGUUCUCCUCUGAAUCAUUCAGAUGUUCAUUGGCAAACUUCAGACGGCCCUGUAUAUGUGCUUUCUUGAGCAGGGGGACCUUGCGGGCGCUGCAGGAUUUCAGUCCUUCACGGUGUAGUGUGUUACCAAUUGUUUUCUUGGUGACUAUGGUCCCAGCUGCCUUGAGAUCAUUGACAAGAUCCUCCCGUGUAGUUCUGGGCUGAUUCCUCACCAUUCUCAUGAUUGCAACUCCACAAGGUGAGAUCUUGCAUGGAGCCCCAGGCCGAGGGAGAUUGACAGUUCUUUUGUGUUUCUUCCAUUUGUGAAUAAUCGCACCAACUGUUGUCACCUUCUCACCAAGCUGCUUGGCGAUGGUCUUGUAGCCCAUUCCAGCCUUGUGUAGGUCUACAAUCUUGUGCCUGACAUCCUUGGAGAGCUCUUUGGUCUUGGCCAUGGUGAAGAGUUUGGAAUCUGAUUGAUUGAUUGCUUCUCUGGACAGGUGUCUUUUAUACAGGUAACAAGCUGAGAUUAGGAGCACUCCCUUUAAGAGUGUGCUCCUAAUCUCAGCUCGUUACCUGUAUAAAAGACACCUGGGAGCCAGAAAUCUUUCUGAUUGAGAGGGGGCAAAUACUUAUUUCCCUCAUUAAAAUGCAAAUCAAUUUAUAACAUUUUUGACAUGCAUUUUUCUGGAUUUUGUUGUUGUUAUUCUGUCUCUCACUGUUCAAAUAAACCUACCAUUAAAAUUAUAGACUGAUCAUUUCUUUGUCCGUGGGCAAACGUACAAAAUCAGCAGGGGAUCAAAUACUUUUUUCCCUCACUGUAACAGCAUCAGCUCUAAUAAAGUGUACAUUUAUCAACACUAUUUUGAUGUGGGUGUUAAAAUUCUGAUCUCAAAUUUUCUGUGUUGAUGUGAAAGAACACUAUCAUGUACAUGUCCUAUGUCAUGUCACCCUGUCCUAUGUCAUUCCCUUGAUCAGUUGAAUUUGGCCAUGCUGUUGAGAGACUCCAGAGAAAGGAGUAAGCAGCUGUCUGAAGAGGUGAAGGAGCUGAAUCAACGACUGGCUGAGGCCCAGGGGGAUAACAAGGUAUGUUAUCCUUCAGGGAUUGGGUCAAUUCCAUUUCAAUUCAGUCAAUUCAGGAAGUAAACUGACAUUCCAAUUGUCAUCAUUUAAAAUCAAUUAGGAAAAUUUGAAUUUCAGUUUACUUCCUGACAGGGCAGCAAUGGUUUACGCACAUUUGAAAUCAAACAGUGCAGUUACUGUCGGUUGCAUUCUAAAUUGAAAUGAAAUUGACUUUGUCCUCCCCCUACCCUCCCACAGCUCCUGCGGAUGACCAUAGCCAGACAGAGGUUGGGGGAUGAAGAGGUGGGGGCGAGACACUUCCCGGCCUAUGAGCGGGAGGACCUUGUCCAGCAAUUGGAGACGGCACGAGAGCAGGUGAGGAAUGGAAAGGUUGUGCCAUAAUUUGUGUAACUGUUGGGAUCCGAACCCCGGUCUCCCGCUCAGGAAACCAACUUCUUUACCAUUACACCAAGAGUAAAUUCCAGGGCAGGGCUACCGCAUCGUGAAAGUCUGAUUCACCUCUGCUACAAUUGGUUGAGUGGUAAUGGGACAAAUGCCAUUUGACCACAUGUCAAUAUAGAGACCAAUGUUCAAUUCCCCGGUCUGGCACUUCUGAACUGUCUCCACCCUCAUCUGUCUCUCCAUUUUACUGUCUUAAAUACAUUUUUAAAAUACUGAACAAAACUGAAUUCUCCUUUUUUUUUUUUACAUCAAAGUUGUAGAAUAAGUUGUCCCGCAAAGACGGUGUGGUGGUGGGUUAAAAAAAAGAAGGCAAACAAGUGUGAGGAACGCACCUUGGGUGAUGUUGGAAACCACACCAAUGGCAGAAUGAAAUUGUACAGAUGGUUUUGAUAUUGUCAUAUAGGCGAUAAGAGACCAGUUGUCAGAAUGCCAUAUUCCCAACCAUCCAUAGUUCAGCCUAUGUUGCCCACUCAUUACGUAAGGCAGUGUUGGAGGUUUUCCACAGCCACAAUCUGUAAUAUUAUACAGUGGGGGAAAAAAGUAUUUAGUCAGCCACCAAUUGUGCAAGUUCUCCCACUUAAAAAGAUGAGAGAGGCCUGUAAUUUUCAUCAUAGGUACACGUCAGCUAUGACAGACAAAUUGAGAAAAGAAAAUCCAGAAAAUCACAUUGUAGGAUUUUUAAUGAAUUUAUUUGCAAAUGAUGGUGGAAAAUAAGUAUUUGGUCACCUACAAACAAGCAAGAUUUCUGGCUCUCACAGACCUGUAACUUCUUCUUUAAGAGGCUCCUCUGUCCUCCACUCGUUACCUGUAUUAAUGGCACCUGUUUGAACUUGUUAUCAGUAUAAAAGACACCUGUCCACAACCUCAAACAGUCACACUCCAAACUCCACUAUGGCCAAGACCAAAGAGCUGUCAAAGGACACCAGAAACAAAAUGGUAGACCUGCACCAGGCUGGGAAGACUGAAUCUGCAAUAGGUAAGCAGCUUGGUUUGAAGAAAUCAACUGUGGGAGCAAUUAUUAGGAAAUGGAAGACAUACAAGACCACUGAUAAUCUCCCUCGAUCUGGGGCUCCACACAAGAUCUCACCCCGUGGGGUCAAAAUGAUCACAAGAACGGUGAGCAAAAAUCCCAGAACCACACGGGGGGACCUAGUGAAUGACCUGCAGAGAGCUGGGACCAAAGUAACAAAGCCUACCAUCAGUAACACACUACGCCGCCAGGGACUCAAAUCCUGCAGUGCCAGACGUGUCCCCCUACUUAAGCCAGUACAUGUCCAGGCCCGUCUGAAGUUUGCUAGAGUGCAUUUGGAUGAUCCAGAAGAGGAUUGGGAGAAUGUCAUAUGGUCAGAUGAAACCAAAAUAGAACUUUUUGGUAAAAACUCAACUUGUCGUGUUUGGAGGACAAAGAAUGCUGAGUUGCAUCCAAAGAACACCAUACCUACUGUGAAGCAUGGGGGUGGAAACAUCAUUCUUUGGGGCUGUUUUUCUGCAAAGGGACCAGGACGACUGAUCCGUGUAAAGGAAAGAAUGAAUGGGGCCAUGUAUCGUGAGAUUUUGAGUGAAAACCUCCUUCCAUCAGCAAGGGCAUUGAAGAUGAAACGUGGCUGGGUCUUUCAGCAUGACAAUGAUCCCAAACACACUGCCCGGGCAACGAAGGAGUGGCUUCGUAAGAAGCAUUUCAAGGUCCUGGAGUGGCCUAGCCAGUCUCCAGAUCUCAACCCCAUAGAAAAUCUUUGGAGGGAGUUGAAAGUCCGUGUUGCCCAGCGACAGCCCCAAAACAUCACUGCUCUAGAGGAGAUCUGCAUGGAGGAAUGGGCCAAAAUACCAGCAACAGUGUGUGAAAACCUUGUGAAGACUUACAGAAAACGUUUGACCUGUGUCAUUGCCAACAAAGGGUAUAUAACAAAGUAUUGAGAAACUUUUGUUAUUGACCAAAUACUUAUUUUCCACCAUAAUUUGCAAAUAAAUUCAUAAAAAAUCCUACAAUAUGAUUUUCUGGAAUUUUUUUUCUCAUUUUGUCUGUCAUAGUUGACGUGUACCUAUGAUGAAAAUUACAGGCCUCUCUCAUCUUUUUAAGUGGGAGAACUUGCACAAUUGGUGGCUGACUAAAUACUUUUUUCCCCCACUGUAGGUAUAUCUUACAAUGUUUGAAAUGCCUUACAAUGUUUGAAAUCUUACAUAUUGUGGCUUUAAGGCAUUUUUUCUGUUUGUCCUAGAAUGAGGAGCUGGAGCACAGUGUGAAAUCUCUGACGGACGAGCUGCAGGAUGUGAGGGCGGAGCGUAACGUGUUCCAGGAAAAGGCCCAGCGGCUGAACCACGAGGUGAACCACAUCCUGGGGGGACACGAGUGUCAGAUCCUAGACGUAGAUGCACUCUGCAUGGAGAACAGGUGUGUUUGUGUGUAGGAGAACAUAAUAUAAAUCAUAUAAUGUAUGUAAUAUCUGUAAUAUCUGUAAUGUAAUGUCUUAUUGAAUGCAAUAAGGAUGUUGUUGAACAACUUGCUACACAAUGUAUGACUUUGGGCAUUUAUUGUUUUGGAAUAGUUUUUAAAUAAACUGAUGUUUUCUUUCAGAUAUUUACACGAGCGGUUCAAACAACUGCAGGAGGAGGUCACCAUGCUCAAAACGAAUGUCAUGAAGUACAAGGUAUUGUAAGCAACAUAUAAACAAGCCGAAAAUGUUGUCUGAAUAGUACUAAUAAUACUAUAGAACAGAACUAUCCUUAGAGAUGAUCACAAGUAUCAUAACUACUCAAGGCCUUAUUUAGUCAGCUGGUAACUGGGUUUCUGGGCUCAUGUUCUAAUGUCAAUUAAAAUGUAAUAUUUUGUGACAUUUUUGUUGCCAAGAUGGCACCCAUGACAGUUGUAGAUCUCAAACCAUAUUUGACAAACUGUAUCUAUGGGUUUGGUGAUAUUCUGUAUGUUUUUUCCCCCCGUUUGUAUGGUUCACAACCCUCUACUACUACACAUAUGGUUAAUGACAAAUCAUGUUUGUGAACAGGGGGGUACAAUAUAUCAUAUGAAUAUCAACUGGUAUUUGUACUGGUUUUCAGAGUGCUCUGGAGAGCAGGAAGAACUCCAAGACGUAUGGCAAAGUUAACAGCAGUGCACUCACCGGGGUGCUCUCUGCCAAACAAGGUACUGCACAAACCGUUCCCCCACUCCUCUUCUUUCUGUUCGUAUUUUGUUAAUUAGUCCAUGAUGCAAAAUGCAUCAUCAUCAUCAUCACAGUUUUUACUCUGUACUGAAAAUGCUCUAUCUUGAAAUCGUACAAACUUCUAGAAUUGGAAAACACAUUUUUAUACACAAAAUAUACAUACAUACAUACAUACAUAUAUAUAUAUAUACACAGUACCAGUCAAAAGUUUGGACACACCUUGCUGGUGACACUGUCUGUGAUUUAUUUAAAAUUCAAGGCACACUAACCAGCAUGGCUACCACAGCAUUCUGCAGCGAUAUGCCAUCCCAUCUGUUUUGCGCUUAGUGGGACUAUAAUUUUUUUUUCAACAGGACAAUGACCCAACACACCUCCGGGAUGUGUAAGGGCUAUUUGACCAAGAAAGAGAGUGAUGGAGUGCUGCAUCAGAUAAUCUGGCCUCCAAGGUCAUCUGUUAAUUGAAAUGCAUUCCAGGUGACUGGUUGAGAGAAUGCCAAGAGUGUGCAAAGCUGUCAAGGCAAAGGGUGACUACUUUGAAGAAUCUAAAAUCUUAAAUAUAUUUUGAUUUAUUUAACACUUUUUGGGUUACUACGUGAUUCCAUAUGUGUUAUUUCAUAGUUUUGAUAUCUUCACUAUUAUUCUACAAUGUAGAAAAUAGUAAAAAUGAAGAAAAACCCUUGAAUGAGUAUGUGUGUCCAAACUUUUGACUGGUACUGUACACCCAUACAUACAGUUAAAGUCGGGAGUUUACAUACCCUUAGGUUGGAGUCAUUAAAACUAGUUUUUCAACCACUACACAAAUUUCUUGUUAACAAACUAUAGUUUUGGCAAGUCGGUUAGGACAUCUACUUUGUGCAUGACACAAGUAAUUUUUCCAACAAUUGUUUACAGACAGAUUAUUUCACCAGUAGGUCAGAAGUUUACAUACACUAAGUUGAGUGUGCCUUUUAAACAGCUUGGAAAAUUCCAGAAAAUGAUGUCAUGGCUUUAGAAGCUUCUGAUAGGCUAAUUGACAUCAUUUGAGUCAAUUGGAGGUGUACCUGUGGAUGUAUUUCAAGGCCUACCUUCAAACUCAGUGCCUCUUUGCUUGACAUCAUGGGAAAAUCAAAAGAAAUCAGCCAAGACCUCAGAAAAACAAUUGUAGACAAGUCUGGGUUUGCACAACCAAAUCAUUUCUGCACAAACUGUCAGAAACCGUCUCAGGGAAGCUCAUCUGCGUGCUCGUCGUAUUCAUCAGGAUCUUGACCUGACUGCAGUUUGGCAUCGUAACCGGCUUCAGUGGGCAAAUGCUCCCCUUCGAUGGCGACUGGCACACUGGAGAAGUGUGCUCUUCACGGAUGAAUCCCGGUUUCAACUGACCCUGGCAGAUGGCAUCGUGUGGGUGAGCGGUUUGCUGACGUGAAUGUUGCGAACAGAGUUCUAAGCUGACAUAUGGCAUUGUUUUAAGGUGGUCAUACUAUGGAUCCUUUAGCUAUUUGAUUUUGAAUUUUAGGACCCCUUUAGGUAUCAAAAUAAAAUAUAAAAAAGUUAUUUGAUAAAAUAUUGAAUUUGGCCUUUACUACAAUAGCCCAGAGAAACACAUUCCUAAAUGGCAAAAAAGACUGUCAAAAAAAGAAACAAGGUUUUUAAGUGUUUGUCCUAUAUCUAGGAGAUAUAAGAAAUAUAUAUAUUUUUUAUUUUUUUAUUAUUAUUAUUCUUUAUUUUUUUUUAUUCUUUAUUUUUACACAUUUAACCCCUUUUUGGGAGGGCACAAAAGUACCUUCAUACUUCCAUGAAUGUUUUUAAAACCAGUACCGGUUACCUUCAGACGAGUCCCGUGAAACUUGUGUCGUGUUCUUGAGAUUCUCCCCUGUCCAUAGAGCGAUCAUAACAGUUUGUAGGUCAAACUGUUCGAACGCUACAGAUGUUUUCAUGAGAAGACCGAUUUUCGGGAUGUCUCAUGGUCUGACAAAUAACACUCUAGCUCUGCCACCUUUCACCGCAGAUGUGGAAGUGCGACAUCAGUUUUCCAAUGCAAAAAAACAUAUCUCUAUCUUAAACUGACCGAUUUUGCUGGGGAUUUUUUUUUAUGUUACUUAGAGCGUCAAUCGACUCUAGGGUGUUAAAUGCAUCAAUGAUGGCAUUUUAUUUCGUAAGGAGGCCAGUCGGGGCCUAAGCCUGUGUUCCUGGCCUUGACCCAAGCAUCAGUGUUUUAAUGAAUGACUUCUGAUAAUUCCGUAGUGUACCAGGCAUUCGACCUACCUUUUAACCCUUAGUUUUCUGAAGGGAGCAUGAUUAUCCACAAUAGUGUUGAAGACAUCGGCAAAAAGGCUGAAAGCUAAAUCAGGUUCAGGGAUAGUUCAAAUACAAUCAAGGUCACUAAAAUAAAGAUCAUGUAAAAAAGCCUGUUCACUGAACUUUUUUAAAAGUUCCUCUUUGUGAUGACCCGAGGCUUAGAUCUUUGUAUUUUCACAUCUCUAACGCAAACAAUUGGGCAAUGGUCACUAAUAUCUUAGACGAAGACACCAGUAGAAACAUAUUUCUCUGGUGUAUUCGUUAGAAUCAAUCAGAGUUGACUUUUUUAAGGAUCUUUAGGGUUGGGCCGUAUAGGCUGUCACCAGCUGUGUUAGGUUUAGAUCAUUACACAUGUCUUUUAGAUUGUCUGAAGCCUGCAUUUCCCAUUCAUAAUUUAGGUCACCAAAGAUAAUAACUUCUAAGAUAGUUUUUCAGUGAACUAUCCCUUUUUCAGAUUUCUUGCACAUAAUCACUCACUAUAGCUCUUCAGAUAUAUCUAGUGGAUUUGAAUCAAUGUGUUGUAUUCAAGAUGUUAUAUACGUCAACUUACAAUCUUUUCCAUCAUACCAACCUUGGAGAAAAAUAAAUAAACUGACUGAAAUAUUGUUCUGUUGUCUGCACGUCCCAAAUAUCACUUUACAUUUCUAUGUAUUCCAAUACAUAGAAAUGUAAAGAGAUAUUUGGGACGUGCAUUUUAAGAGCAGGCUGUCGUUUCUAUUGCCUGUAUAACAUUUUUGGUAACACUUUACUUGACACCCAGAAUCAUAACACGUUAUGACAUGGUCAUAAUCUGUCAUAUUAUGGUCAUAACACUGUCAUGACACAUAUAUUUAGAACUUUUGUGACAUAUUGCGUUAUUUUAUGGCUGGUUAUGACACCUACAUAAGAGUGUCAAAACCCACAAAACCUACCACACAAGGCAAAACAUUCCAUUACACCAUAGUCUGCUUGUCAACAGUAUGUUUAUGUUAUAUUACAUUUUCAGAAAUGUACCAUAUUAAAUUAUCAUUGUAAUUGCACACACAUUUAUGUCAGACAUGCACCUACCCCAAAUCUCUGUUGCUGAUGACUGGGAUGAAUGCAGGAGUAGGUUUCAGGAGAAGGACAAGACACCCUCAUUUUGACUGAUGACUGACAUAAAAGGCCUAUCUGGCUUAUAUGAUUAUGAUGGUCAUAAUGCUUCUUCAUAAAGUGUAUAUUCUUAGUCCAAGUAAAGUGACACAGGAUGGUAAUAAUGCUUUAUGACAGUGUCAUAAAUUGUAUUUUCUAAAAGUUAUUUUAAAAUGUUAUGGGUAAAAAAUGACUGUAAAAAAUUAGUUACAACAAUAGCAAAGGACUUAAGAAACAAACUUUCAAACAAAAGGUAACUUCUUGGCAGGAAAAAAACACAUUUGAAUAAAUGUGGGUUUUGAUGUGUGUAGGUGUCAUAACAGCCAUAAAAUAACGCAAUAUAUGUCACAACAGGUGUAAAUAUAUGGGUCAUGACAGUGUUAUGACCAUGUUAUGACAAGCUAUGUCAGCCGUUAUGGCACAUUAUGACAUGGUUAUGACCGUGUCAUAACGUGUUAUGAUGCUGGGCGUCAAGUAAAGUGUUACCUAAUUUUCCUCUAAAGCCAGUGCUGAUGGUGGGGUAGAUGUCUCUGAACAUUGUGUCAGUUCUCUGCACAUUCAUUUUAGAUAAUGAAUACACUGUAUAAUCAAAAUGCCAACAUCCCUCCCUAUCCAGCUCACAUGCUCUUGCACCAUGCAUUUACUUCCAUUCGUAAUACGCAUCAAAAGGCAAAGCUACCCAAGAUGGAGACUCUAAACUUAAGAAAAUAAGAGAACCCCCAUAAACAUCUGUCUAGGCAAACAUAAACACAGAACAUUUUACCUAUCUUAAUGGGAUUUGUGUGUGUGUUCAGUGCAGGAAUUAUUGCUUUCUGAGGACCACGGAUGCAGUCUCCCCGUCACGUCUCAGUCCAUCUCAGACCUCAAGUCCCUGGCCACAGCCCUACUGGAAACCAUCCAUGAGAAGAACCUGGUCAUUCAGCACCAGCGCCAAACCAACAAGUAGGGAGCUCUUCUACUCUGUAGAAAUGUUUAAAUUCCUUUCUUCUUCAUCUGAAUUUCUUCUGUUUUUCUAACUCUCAUGACCAAGUUACUCUGUAAGUAGCCCCUAUGCCAUGUACUCACUUAUUGCAUUUAUACCUGCAAUGUUGUGAACAUCUCACCUCAUUGAAAACAGCCUCAUGUCUUCCUAUGUAAACAGGAUUCUUGGAAACCGAGUAGGGGAGCUCGAGAAGAAACUGAAGACUCUAGAGGUGUCGGGAAUAUGGAGCCUCCCAGGUCUCUGCCACACACUGUUUAUUUUUUUGUUAUUUUAGAAUUCAUAUCGUGAUGCAUAUUGCAUCAUGAGUAACUUACUAGCCUGUAUGUAUACCAUGCAAAUAUAAAUGUGGAUCUCGAAGCCAGUUCCAUGGCUGAUUUUCAGGUGGAUGCAAUUAAUUAUCAGGUCAGAAAACCAGCAGUACUCCGGACCCCCAGGCUUGCAUUUGAAUACCCCUGCUGUAUACAUUCAUAAAUGCUGUUUGAAAGUGGCAUGAGCUAAUAUAAAUAUGGUAUUAUUGGGUGUUAUUAGGCACUAUUAACUGGUGAUUCAUACUGAUAGCUUUUGAUCCUGUAUGUGGUCACUGGCCAGUAGUAUUGGCACCCAGUCACUAUUGUCAAACUAUGAGUGAUUUGAUUAAUGUUCCAUCUCUCCCACUGUACUGAGUUUCUUCUUCUCUCUUUUCCUUCUGCUUUCUGGAGGCCUGACUUACAAUGUGUCGCUGGGAUUCUCUGGAAGUAUGUUUCCACUGCUUUACUUUACUUCACUAAUACUAUACUUUACUGUAAUAUACUGUACUACAACAAUUUUAAUUUAAAGUUUCUGUUGACAUGCUUGAUAUCUCCAUCCUGUCCCUUAAAAUAUCCAUGGGUACACUAUUUUUGUGCUAUUUAUACUGAGCAAUCUCCACUGCAUGCAUGUUUUGAGAUUAUUCAGGUUUUUACGGAGUAAAAAAAACACUAAUGCCACAAAACAUACUUAAAACACUUUUGAGUCACCGCAGAAAGCCUGACCGGCCUUCAAAAUAAUAAGGCCGGUCAGGCAGAGAGAAAGUCACAAUGCUGUCCCUGUCUUUCUUGUCUACAGUGUUUAGUGUGAAUCCAGAAAUAAACCUAACUAAAUAUUUCUCUGAACAUUAUUUCUCGCUGGAUGGGAAGAAUGUCCUUUGCACUGAUCCAUGUAAACUCAGACUCGACUGAAGAGAGGUAGCCUGGUCCCAGAUCUGUUUGAGCUGCAUAGUCAACUCCUAUGGUCGUUUCUGCAUUGGUGUGCUACACAGCACAAACUGAACUGGGACCAGGCUAGAAGAGAAGCCACUCUGAUAUAGUUUACACUACACCAUAUAUUUACCCUGUCCCUUAUACCGUAUUAUGUAUCCAAAAAUUAGGGAUGCUGUGCCCAGUCACACACACAACACUGAGACGCCUCGGUUGUCAACAUAAUCUAUUAAUUGCAUGCCAGUUCGUUGUAUUGUAAAUUCAUUAUCAGUAAAGAUCUUGGCUUUUAUGUGCAGGUUAGGUUGGGAGUAUAAUGUUUUUGUCAAUACAGUUGUCAUGACACGUGAUCUAGUAUAAAUAUUUGUGACAAUUGUUGUAACACUGUACAGGCAUUAGGACAUGUUAUUAUAUCAAAAGUGCUAGUAAUAUUAUUUGGCUUCUUUUGUGAUAGGAGGGAGAGAUGCCAUCAUCCUGAAUGAAACUCUGCAGCCUAGAUCCACUGUGACAAGCUCUGAGGAGAAGGAAGUACCAUCCAAUGAACAGGAAGUACCACCCACUGAGCAGGAAGUACAACCCACUGAGCAGGAAGUACCCCCCACUGAGCAGGAAGUACCCCCCACUGAGCAGGAUGUAACCCCCAAUGAGCAGGAAGUACCUUCCACUGUGCAGUCUACCACAGGUGAAUGAGAAUAUUCUAUGUAAUUAUGUGGGGCUAACUGUAUAAAUAGCAGAUUGAUUAAAUAUCUUACAUUACAUUCCAAUUCUUAUACAUUCUAUAGAGUAUCUAUUUCACUGGCUCUUAUGUACUAUAACCUUAAUUCAUAUUACAGCAGAUGACUACACCAUUCUCAUUGUUGCCAAUUUGGUUCUGGGUGUUGAGAUCAAUGUUACUAAUGCUGCUACAUUUCAAUUAUACCAUAACAUUCUCAAUUAUUUUGACCGUAGAGCAGAGGACGACAAGGUAGCCAAGGAGAGGCAGAGCCCCCCUGUCCCAAGCCAUGUGGGGAGGUUACCCAGUGUGACGGGGGAUACAGAGAUGGGCACCAAGGAGCCAGAGUCACCAGUCAGCCUGGACACAUCCAAGCAAAACACCACAGGAAAAUCUGCUGAGGAAGUCACUGACAGUUCUCAAGCAGAGACAAUAAACCUUGAUGAAUGUCAGACUGUCGACCAAUCACAAAGCGCAAAUGUGGUCACGGUGCUUCCAAGGUACCAAUUAGACGAGACUGUAGGCGGGACUCCAUCCCCUUCCUCAGGGCCAGACUUGGACAUGUCCUGCCCCAUAGACAUAUGCCACCUAUCGGAGCCUCUAAUGGACACAAAACCCACCCAGAGAGAGGCGAGUUGGUCAGAUGAUGACAUCUUAGGGGUGGGGUCUGAGGAGAUUGACAUUGCAGAGGGCUCUAUGACAGACGACACCAAUCUUCCAUCAUCAACAUCAACCUGCAGCUCUCCUAUUCAAACAAGUCCCACCCACGGGGAGAAGAACCAAUCACACCACAAGGCAGAACCUUCAGAAGAU